AUGUUAGAACACGAUUUGCAAAAUAAAAGAAAGGUUUCUGGCCAAACAGGUGGUCAGAAUCAUUUACACUCGAAUCAAAUAAACAGUCCAGUUGAUGACCACUCAGGUGCUCCUCGUGAUCAGUCCUAUUUGGAAUCUGUUACAGAAAAGGCAAAACAUAUUUUCAUUGGUGAUGACCGUGAUCAAACAUCAGCUACACGUGGCGAGCAAUCGAACUACACGUAUCCAGACGAUGAAAGUUACACUCACCAUCGCAAGACUGGCAGUGAUGAUAUGAACAUACGUACUGUGAAACCAGGAUCCAACGAAGUCUAUGCAAAUUACACAUAUUCUUCAAUGGUUGAUCCAGUUAUUGACGAUCAUGAUGUCGCGCAGUCUGAGCAAAAGGUCAGAGAGCUUUCUCACAGGAAAGCUUCUGCAGAGCAGAAUAAAGAUCAAACACAAAAGGAAAUUUCAAGUGACUCAAACUCGCAUAGCCACAAGACCGGCAGUAGCUUACUAGGCAAAUUUUCUAACAAGAAGGACAAAUCAGGCGAUUUCGACGAGCAAUCUCAAUAUAAACCAGGUGAGUAUGCCUCUCAAAAGCAAGGAUACUAUGAUGACGAAAGCUAUGACCAAUCAAACACCGGCUAUGGUGUUUCUGACAGAAAUGCAGAUAUAAAACACCGUCAUCAUGGUGAUACUUUUUCAAGUAAGCAUCCAAGUGUCUUGGACCCGGAAGCAAACAAGAUAAACGCCUCUAGGUAUGAUGCAGAAACUGAUUCUACUACCAAACAUAGCUACGGUGGCUCCACUGCCAAGGCAGCACCUGUUAGCUACAGAAACGUUACUGAAGAUCCCUCACAUGCGAGAGACUACAAUCCAGGCCAUGCUAAUGUUUCGGGCUCUACCUAUUCUGGUAGAACGGAAGGCCAAAGUAGUACAGAGGUUGGUGACUACAAUCACAGCUCCUUGAACCCUGGGCAGCAUAGAUACAGAAAUUCUGAGCCUUCUGACGGGGAAUUUCCAGAUGAAAUGAGAUCCGACUCGAAGGGAAAAUAUUACGAUGACGAAGUGAUUGAUGACGAUGAUAAUGCUACUAAUACCAACCACAGCGGUGAAUCACAAGGUGUUAUUUCUAGCAUCAAAAAUUACUUGGGAAUUGGAGAAACAUCCGAAAGCCAUUCCCACACUUAUCACGACAAGUCAAGUCAGCACGGAUGGGUUUCGGACACUCAAAUGGCAGAUCAAAUGCCUGGUGGUAUUAAUGUCAAUGCACAACCAUUAGGCAACAAAAAUAGAAGCAAUGUUGCAGAAACAGGCACUGAAGAUGACGCCCAAGUUUUUUCCAAUUAUUCGCAUUCAAGGGGUACUGCAAAUUUAUCUGCUCCUCCUAAAUCAACCACUACUUCUGCAACUCCAAGAUUCGGAGAGUAUUCUGGAAAACAUCCGGAGUGCAAACCUUCUCUUGUUGCACCUGCUGGUUCAAAUACAGAUGAGAAUUACAAAAAUGCAAUGAUGCACAAAAAGCAUGCAGAGCAAGAGCAUACUAAAGGCAAUUCUUCGAGGGCAGCUGAUAUCGGUAUGAGCUCAAACAUGGAGAAGUCUGUAACAGUGGCUGCAAUCCCUCAAACAGGUACCCACUCAAGAGUUAAGGAAAAUUCGCAUGAUGUGGGAUCUGAUUUGAUGCCAGAGUCAACUCCAUACCGAAUGGUGCAAAAUCCAAGUAAUAACAUGUACUUGAAGUCCGAAGACCCACAUGAUCUAAAGGUCAAGGAUAAACAUGCUGGAAAGUCACCCAACACAUCUGGUGCUACCUCUUAUAAAGGUGCUGGUAAUACUGGUGGCCAAUCUUCAAACUCCAAAUUUGAUGAGUUUGAUUCCUCCAAGAUUCACUCGACAGGUGUAAACAAGUUAGAAACUAGAGAUGACUUCACUCACCAGUCUGAUUUUAAAAAGGCAGACGCCGCAUAUAACCAAGGUCAAGAGUCCAGAAAAGCUUAUUCUCUUGGAAAUUCUACUCACCCAGAAAUUGCUACCUCUGGUGAAAAGGGUCACACCCUGUCAAACGUGGCAUCGAAACAUCCUAACUCAGGAUCUCAGUACCUAUCCAGUAAGGGCAGUGAUGAGUCAGCGUACCAUCAACAAAAUCACAGCAUGAAAAAUACAGCAGGUGCCUCUCUUAACACUGAUGCUAGUGACAGUUCUCAUACUGGUUAUAACAAAUCACAUGGGUCAGAUCCAAAAUAUAUUGACACAUCAAAAACGGAUGCAGGUAAAUACUCAAAUUCAACUAGUGAUAAUGGCAUUACCAAGAGUGGAUAUUAUGCUGGAACUUCUCCGGCGAAGCCAACAGCGACAUCGUAUCACGACUACGCCGAUGAUGCUUUACCUAGUCUUCCUCGAAGCCCAAAACAGGAACGUCAUCAAGAACAAGGCUCCACAACCAAACAGAAUAAGUAUUCCAGAGAUAACCAAGGCAGGGCUAUGAGUGGUGAUGAAUCCAAGCCAAGUAGGAGACAUUCUAGUGGCAAAGAUGAGUCUUUAGGUGAGAAAAUCAAGCACGUAUUCACCAAAGAUAAAAAGUCUAAAGAUCAUUAUGGCGACAAAGACAACACUAAGGGUUUCAAUGAACGUGGUACAGUUUAUGGUGAAACACCAGUGUCCCACACUCACAUGAGAAGUGGAUUAGAUACUGGAUUACAUGCGGGUGGCGCCGAAAUUAAUGAAGGCAUUAACACCUAUAAUUCGGGCAACUCUGCCCAUUAUGGUGAACACAAUAGUAACAAAAAUCCAGGUGGUGUCCAUGAACAACCAAAUUUUGAUGAUGCGGGUAGAUCAGGGUAUGGUGCAGCUGAACUUGAGGAGGCUGAAAGAAGAGGUGGAUAUACAGAGAGCUCCGGUUAUGCACAUGGUAAACCACGAUUAUCACAAGCUGGAUAUCAAAACGCCCAUUUAUCUGGACACAAACACGGCGAUUCUGAGCUUCAGAAUGCAGACAGACCUGCUUAUGACGAUUACGAAAAUACCAGAGGUUACAACCGGGAAGAUCCUAACUUUGGGUCUCGUGAGGGUCAUAAAGGUACAGGGGGAGACAGGAACAAUGAGUUAAAAAGUGAUGACAUUAAAAAGUUGAAGACCAAAGACUACAGAGAUCAAUCUGAUCUUGAAGACUAUGCUAUUCAGGAUACCAGAGAUGCUCCUGUUCGCCGCAAGAAGAGCAUUAUCGAGACUGUUAAAGAUAAAGUUCUCAAAUAA